AGUAAUAUAUAGAUUUGUUUGUUAUAUGUCCCUCCAAAAACUCUUCUUCCAGCUCAAGAGCCACCACAGCACCCCCAACUAACUACUCACAACUCACAACCCCCAAAAAACCCCAUUUCACAUUUCUCAUUCCCAAUCUAAUCCAAACCCCCACAUACAAAAACUCUUUGUGUGUGUGUGUGUGUGUUUGUGUGAGAGUGAGAGAGAUAAAUAAAAUAAAUGUUAUAACAUAAAAACAAAAGAAAAUCAGAGACACACAGAGAUUCCAGAGGACAAAGAUACUCUCUAUUCUGAAAUCUCUCUUAUAUAAAUAUACUCCCUUUCUUCUCUAUCAAGCUCUGUUUUUUACUCUCAAUUUCAUUUCCAAAUGGAUUGUUGGACCUCUCAUCUCUCCAUGGAUGAUGAAUUUGAAAAGCUUGUGAUUCGAAUGAACCCUCCAAGGGUCACAGUUGAUAAUGCCUCAAGCAGGAAAGCCACUUUGAUUAAGGUUGAUAGCGCAAACAAGCGUGGGACUUUGUUAGAGUUGGUUCAAGUUUUGACUGACUUGAAUCUUAUAAUUCGUCGAGCUUACAUAUCUUCAGAUGGGGAAUGGUUCAUGGAUGUAUUUCAUGUCACUGAUCAAAAUGGGAACAAGCUGUUCGAUGAUGAUCUUGCUGACCGGAUUCAACAGUCGCUGGGACCUAGGGCACGUAGUUUUCGGUCCUUGAGAAGGUCUGUGGGUGUCCAAGCUGCCAUGGAACAUACGACAAUUGAAUUGACUGGAAGAGAUAGGCCAGGCUUGCUUUCAGAGGUUUUUGCUGUUCUUGCUGACCUCAAAUGUAACGUGGUAGCCGCAGAGGUCUGGACCCACAAUUCAAGAAUGGCUUCAGUUGUUUACAUAACGGACGAGGCAAUUGGAAUGCCAAUUGAUGAUCCUGAUCGGCUUGCUAAGAUCAAACAACUUCUUCUUUAUGUACUAAAAGGGGAUAGAGAUAAACGGGGUGCCAACACUGCUGUUUCCGUGGGUUCAACUCAUAAGGACCGGAGACUCCAUCAAAUGAUGUAUGCUGAUCGCGAUUAUGAUAAGGAUGAUACAGAUUGUGUGUCCACUAGUGACAGAAGAAAACUUCUUGUAACAGUAGAGAAUUGUGUGGAUAAGGGAUAUACUGUUGUGAAUUUGAUGAGUCCUGACCGUCCUAAGCUACUCUUUGAUGCUGUAUGCACACUGACUGAUAUGCAAUAUGUAGUAUACCAUGCUACCAUAAUUGCGGAGGGACCAGAGGCUUAUCAGGAAUACUUUAUCAGGCAUAUGGAUGGCUGCCCUAUUAGUUCUGAAGCAGAGAGGCAAAGGGUAAUUCAUUGCUUGGAGGCUGCUAUCAAGAGGCGAACUUCUGAGGGUAUAAGACUAGAACUCUGCGGUGAAGAUAGAAUUGGCCUUUUGUCUGAUGUUACUCGUAUAUUUAGAGAAAAUGGUCUAUCAGUUACUCGAGCUGAGGUUACUACCAGGGGAUCGCAAGCUGUAAAUACUUUUUAUGUGACUGAUGCAUCGGGAAAUCCAGUGAAGAGUGAAACAAUUGAGGCAGUUCGAAAUGAGAUUGGUCUGACAGUACUUCAUGUGAAGGAUGAGGCCUACUCAAAAUCUCCACCCCAAGAGAGUGGGAGAUUCUCUUUGGGUAAUAUCUUUCGAUCCAGAUCAGAGAAGUUUCUAUACAACUUGGGUUUGAUAAAGUCAUAUUCUUGAGCAGUUAAUUUGGAGAAAAAAAAAUUUGUGUCCAAUGCAUGUAAAUAUUAAGUAAAAAGUCUGUUUAGUUGUAGAUUGUGCUUUAGGACCAAAUUGCAAAGGUUUAGGUGCUUCCCAUGUAGAUCUUGGUCAGCUCUCAAAAUUGCAAUCUGUCAACUUGUAAAGUUUCAUGUGCAUACAACUAGCUGCAUCUUUUGGUUA